AUGCUCCAAGCAGACGACGAGCUAAUCGAUUCCCUCACAAUCGACCACCCCUAUUUCACCUCCACGCCCAGUUCUCGCUCCUGGAAGUCGGUUCUUCUCAAGAAUCCCGUGCCUCCUCCGCCUUCUCCUUCUGUCUCUCUUUCCCCGCCUUCUCCCUCUACGGAACCCGCCUCUCCGCCGUCUACUCCCCACAAACCGCGCGAAGUCUGCCGCUACUGGCUAGCCGGCAAUUGCAUGUAUGGCGACAAGUGUUGGUUCGCACACACGCUACACCCGGAGGCAGCCGAGCAGAAGCUGGAGUACAGCACGGAGUGCUGCAUUUGCCAGGAGGACGUGCUGAAAGCGGGCAAACGCUUCGGAUUGAUGCAGAACUGCAGCCACGUUUUCUGCCUCGAAUGCAUCCGAAAUUGGCGCUACUCGCAUAUCGGAGACCCCUCCGUGCGUCGCUGCCCACUUUGCAGAGCGACAUCAUUUUACAUCAUCCCCAGCAAGGAGCCGGUUUUCGACCCGGAAGCGAAGCAGAAGAUUAUUGAAGCGUACAAGAAGAAUAUGUCGCGAAUCGCGGGGAAUUGCGAGGUAGAAAUCCCGUGUAAGUAUUUCAAUGGCGGAAUGGGCGUCUGUCCCUUCGGAGAGUCGUGCUUUUAUUCGCAUAAGCUGGCUAAUGGGCAGGAGUUCGUGCCGAGAAUCGUUAUGCAGGGAGACGGGGAGCUGCGGGACAUUGGAUAUGUAUGA